AUGCCUUUCUACAAUACGUAUCCCGGCUUUCUCUAUCGCCAAUUCCUAGUGUGUCCUCCCAAGGCCCCAUCUACCACCUCCCUGCACGGCAAAGCCGGUCUAGUGACAGGCUCCAACACCGGGCUGGGCUACCAGGCCUCUGCUCAGUUCCUCGCACUCGGACUGUCCCAUCUGAUAUUAGCCGUCCGCAACACCUCCAAAGGCGAAGCUGCCCGGAAAUCCCUCCUCGCCUCACUUCCAGCUUCAGCUAAGCCUCCUCCCUUGGUCGAGGUCUGGGAGUUAGAUCUGGGGAGUUAUGCCAGCGUAACAGCUUUCGUGGAACGUCUUCAACAAUCAGACCUUCAGAUCGACUUUGCUCUUCUCAAUGCCGGUGUUGCCAAUUUUCAUUACAUCGUGAAUGAGUCUACGUCCCAUGAGACGAGUAUGCAGAUCAAUUGGCUGAGCACUGCUCUCCUCACUCUUCAGCUACUCCCUAUACUCGACCGCCAAGCCGCCCAGUAUCCUGGCCAGACUCGUCCGGUGAUUUCUAUCGUCAGCAGUGAGACCGCUGCAUGGGCACAAUUUAAAGAAGCACAGAUCUCUGUUAAGGAGAACAUACCCCUACUCGACGUCUUAGAUGACAAGGAACACUUCGACAUGGCCGAUCGAUACUAUACCUCGAAACUACUAUACCAGCUCUUCUUCCUCGAGCUAUUCAAGCGCCGAUCUACCAGUAAACGCUCCACGGGGGCCAUUCUCAACCUGGUCAAUCCCGGCUUUUGCUAUGGUUCGGAAUUGCACCGCACGGCUGAGGGGGUCUUUGGGAAGGUCCUUGGGGGUAUGAAAAGAGUGAUUGGUCGGUCAACCUCUAUGGGAGCUCGUACACUGGUUCAUUCAUCUGUGUUGGCUGGUGAUGAAUCUAAUGGCCGGUACUUGAGUGAUUGCAAGUCAGCUCCGUUUGCGGGAUAUGGGGAUAGUGACGCUGGUAGGAUCACGCAGGGUCGGGUUUGGGAUUUGACGUUGGCGGAGUUGAGUUCGGUGAUGGAUAUUGAGGUUCUGUCUGAGAUUUGA